CCCAGGGGAUGUUUCCAACCCUCUGCGGACUUGAAGCCACCGUAAGAAGAUGGUGUCCCCCAGUCCCGCCAACCCUGCCGUCCCGAGAUGUCCGUGCAGAACCUUCUCAAAAGACACCGGCGGGCGGGGGGCCCUGUCCCUCCUCACUGGGAAGGCGGUGAUGUUUCUGUCAAGGGGAAGCCCCAAGGAAGCUCGUUACAUGGGGAGUGGCCGCUCAGGGUCCUCUGAGGCCACGCCAACUCUAGUGGACACCUCGGGCGGGGGAGGACGUGCCCUGCCCCCAAGGGUGACAGACGGAGCCGGGGGCAGGGCUCCACAGCACCCAUAAAGGCGGGAGCUGCCCGAGGCAGGCAGGACCCGAGAUGCAGGUGAGCCCAGCAGCUGUGGCCUGGGGACCCGUCCUCCUGGUCAUGGCCUUCCUGUGCCCUGCGGCCUCGACGACGGACACCUGUCCAGAGGUGACGCUGCUGGGACUGGAAGGCUCCAACAAACUCAGCAUCCUCCGGGGCUGCCCGGGGCUGCCCGGGGCCGCGGGGCCCAAGGGAGAGGCAGGCGCCGCUGGAGUGAGAGGAGAACGGGGUUCCCCUGGAGCACCUGGAAAUGUGGGGCCAGAGGGGCCCAAAGGAGACCGUGGGGAGACCGGUGCGCGUGGAGAGAAGGGUGAUCGUGGACAGAAAGGAGACUCAGCACAGUCCCAGUCCUGUGCCACAGGACCUCGGAACUGCAAGGAGCUGCUCACCAGGGGGCACCUGCUGAGCGGCUGGCACACCAUCUACCUGCCCGACUGCCGGCCCCUGGUGGUGCUGUGUGACAUGGACACAGACGGCGGGGGCUGGACCGUGUUCCAGCGAAGGAGCGAGGGCUCCGUGGACUUUUACCGGGACUGGGCCGCGUACAAGCAGGGCUUCGGCAGCCAGCUGGGGGAGUUCUGGCUGGGCAACGACAAUAUUCACGCCCUGACUGCCCAGGGAACCAGCGAGCUCCGCAUCGACCUCGUGGACUUCCAGGGCGGCUACCAGUUUGCCAAGUACCAGUCGUUCAAGCUGGGGAGCGAGGCCGAAAAGUACAAGCUGGUGCUGGGCGCCUUCGUCGGGGGCAGCGCCGGGGACUCCCUGACGACCCACAACAACCAAGCCUUCUCCACCAGAGACCAGGACAACGACCAAGGCUCUACGAACUGCGCCGAGCAGUACCAAGGAGCCUGGUGGUACAAUAACUGCCACUUGUCCAACCUGAACGGCCGCUACCUCGGGGGCUCCCACAACAGCUUCGCGAACGGUGUCAACUGGCAAUCAGGAAAAGGGUACAAUUACAGCUACAAGGUGUCGGAGAUGAAGGUGCGGCCCACCUAG